AUGACGUCUUUUGGAGUCGAGCUCCUCACCGGCCAAUGCUACUCCAUUGAAACCGAGUCGAAGCCCGGGAAUACAGCGCUGACGACGAAGGGUGCAAUCAAAUUAAAGGCCAACCAGUGCAUAGACAUCGCCCCGAGCCUCAAACGACUCUACCGGUACUGGUUCCCCGACAAUAAACGCCACUGCUGGACACCAGCGAUUUCCGGAAAGACCCCGGAAAACUCAGGAAUUUGCUAUGCGUCGACCAGCCCGACAUUCUGCAAACUCGUCGCUUUCGGCGUGUCGAAAGACGGAGGCCGCCUUCUGAAAACCGACUACGCAACCGCAAUCGGGUACUGUGGCGCGACGUACGGCGAAUGUGGCGCGACGCAAUUGGUCCAAGAAUGGAAACAUCGCCACUACGUCGUACGCAACAGCACCGAAGGCCUGGCUGCAAAAGGCUUCACCCUUGUCGGCGAUUUCUGCUACUUCUGGCCCGGGUUUGACAACAUAAAUUGUAACUAC